ACAUUUUUAUAAAAUUUUACUAUUUAAAAAAAAUCACCUAAUUUUUUUGAAUGAUUUUUUUUUAAUAAAUUAAUCACCUAAUUAUUUUUUUUUUGAAGAAGCAAUCACCUAAUUAUUUUAGUUCAUGAAGAAACAAAAAUCAUUUUAGUUUAUGAAGAAACAAAAAUCACGUAACUAAAUACAGUUGUUAUACACUCGUGCCAUUAUUGUUCUAGUUCCUUCCUUUUUCCCUCAAACCAACAACCAUCACUGAUUUUAUCGUACCAGAUUCUUUCCUUUUCUCCAUUUACUUCAUAAACCAGCAACCAACACCUGGCGCACGAUAGCACCUUCUCUUCCGUUUCCCCGCCGUUUAACGGUUACGUUUCCGUUUCACCACCGUCUCUUUCAUUCCGUUUCAAAACCAAACAACUAAACUCUCUCAGAUUUCUCUCUCUCUCAUCUGAAUCACACACAGAGAUUCCAAAAGAGAAAAAGAGAGCUCUGUGAUAGAUCGGAGCUCUCUGUUCAUCGGCUGAUUCGGCAAGCUGUCCGGUGAAAUUUUGGCAUGUGGGGGCAUCACCGUGAAAAUUCCUUUAUGUACAAACGCACUCCUUCAAGAGAUAAUUCAAACAUGGAAGAAGACGUGGAAGAAAACUCAGAUCUUUUGGACAUUUCCAUGGAUAAGGAAACCUCAAAUCCUUCAUGGAAGCUUUCUUUACCACACGUACUUGUGGCAACCAUUUCUUCAUUCCUAUUUGGAUACCAUCUCGGAGUAGUUAAUGAACCACUGGAGAGCAUUUCUGUGGAUCUUGGAUUCAAUGGAAAUACCUUGGCAGAAGGUCUGGUGGUGAGCAUAUGUCUCGGUGGUGCCUUGUUUGGAUGUUUACUUAGUGGCUGGAUUGCUGAUGCGGUAGGGCGACGCAGGGCUUUCCAGUUGUGUGCUUUGCCAAUGAUAAUUGGUGCUUCAAUGAGUGCAGCAACAAACAACUUGUUUGGGAUGCUUGUAGGAAGGUUAUUUGUUGGGACUGGCCUGGGCUUGGGCCCUCCUGUUGCUGCUCUGUAUGUGACAGAGGUUUCUCCCGCUUUUGUGCGUGGUACCUAUGGGGCCUUAAUCCAGAUUGCAACUUGCUUUGGUAUAUUGGGCUCAUUAUUUAUUGGAAUCCCUGUCAAAGAAAUUUCUGGAUGGUGGCGUGUUUGUUUCUGGGUAUCUACCAUACCUGCAGCUAUACUUGCUCUUGCUAUGGUCUUCUGUGCAGAGAGUCCACAUUGGUUAUACAAGCAAGGAAGAACUGCUGAAGCAGAAGUUGAGUUUGAAAGGCUUCUUGGUGUAUCCGAAGCAAAAUUUGCGAUGUCACAGUUAUCCAAGGUAGAUAGAGGAGACGAUACUGAUACUGUGAAGUUCUCUGAAUUGCUUCAUGGUCAUCAUUCUAAAGUUGUUUUUAUUGGAUCAACCCUAUUUGCUUUACAACAGCUAUCUGGUAUAAACGCUGUGUUUUAUUUCUCUUCAACUGUUUUUAAAAGUGCUGGAGUGCCAUCGGAUUUUGCAAAUGUCUGCAUAGGAAUUGCAAAUUUGACAGGAUCUAUCAUUUCGACGGGUUUGAUGGAUAAACUUGGAAGGAAGGUUCUACUCUUUUGGAGUUUCUUUGGCAUGGCGAUAUCAAUGAUCAUUCAAGCUGCAGGAGCAAGUUCACUUUUGCCAAAUGUGGGAGCUCUAUACUUAUCUGUUGGUGGCAUGCUACUGUUCGUCUUUACGUUCGCUCUCGGAGCUGGCCCGGUUCCAGGUUUACUUCUAACCGAAAUCUUUCCUAGUCGAAUCAGAGCCAAAGCCAUGGCAUUCUGUAUGUCCGUGCAUUGGGUCAUAAAUUUCUUUGUUGGGUUACUGUUCUUGCGUUUACUGGAGAAACUUGGUCCGCAACUUCUUUACUCAAUGUUUGCUACAUUCUGUAUCAUGGCAGUAGUUUUUGUAAAAAGAAACGUGGUGGAAACCAAAGGAAAAUCACUUCAAGAAAUUGAAAUCGCACUUCUUCCCCAAGAAUAGAGCUUCUUACAAAGUUCCAUUCACUGGCAAUAGUUUUGCAUAAUCUGGUCUAUCAUCAGUUUAACUAUGAACACAUUGCAUCUUGGUAUACCCUUAAUAGUACACAAGGAGAUGCUCAAGGUAGGAACUAUGUAUUGUUUUAGUGUAACAUUAGGACAAAUAGGCUCAGUAUAUUGAUACUCUAGCAUCUCAUGUUUGGGUUCAGUGAUUCCAUGUCCGCGUUCAUGGAUAGAGAAAUCUGUACAACGAGAAAAAUAAUGUGGGAAAUUUAUCUUUCCCGUAAUAUUUGUCAACACAUACUGUAUGUAUUGUGUAAUAUAAUACUAUGUCUAGGACUGUAAUUGCUUGAAUUUUGUUUCAAAAUGUUGCUUUAAAAUCUUGUAAUAUUGUAAUUCUCAAAGUACUAUUGAGCUAAUUCGGUAGAGUAAGGCAACAAAACCACAUUAUUUAGUGGAUUGGUUGUCCUUGCCAUAAGAUAUAAAAGAGAAAGAUCUACUUGAA